UCUUGAUGGGUUGGUGUGAGAAGAAGGAAAAAGACGAGCGGAGCUGAUUUAGUGGGCUUGUAAAAGGGGUGCCUGACGCAAGUGAGUGGCCGGCGAAGCGGACGAGGGUCAUGGACAGUGACAUCAAUAUCCAUGUGCUCCGGCACUGCUUGGCUGAAGCAAGACAAAGCCACCUUCUUCAAUUCUGGGAGGAACUAAAUGAACUAGAACAACAAGAGCUGUAUAAAGAAUUGAAGGCCAUGGAUCUCAAGGAGCUGGACCAGGCUUUCAAGAAAGCCAUGUUAGAUAGUGGCCAUUUACCAGGGCAAGAGAGCAUGGAUGCAAAGAUGGAACCUGUGCCACGUGAGGUCCUCGGGAGUGCAACACGGGACCAAGCUCAGUUGCCAGACUGGGAGGAAGAAGGUCUUCGACAGAUUUCUCAGAGCAAAGUUGCUGUUCUUCUCUUAGCUGGUGGACAAGGGACAAGGCUUGGUGUCUCGUAUCCCAAAGGAAUGUAUGAUGUAGGGUUACUGUCCCAUAAAACUCUGUUCCAGAUCCAAGCAGAGCGUAUUUUAAAACUGCAGCAGCUAGCUGAAAAGCAACAUGGUCUCAAAUGUGUUAUUCCAUGGUAUAUAAUGACCAGUGGCAGGACAACAGAAUUGACUAAAGAAUUUUUUCUAAAACACAAAUAUUUUGGUUUGAAGAAGGAGAAUGUGAUCUUCUUCAAACAAGGGAUGCUCCCUGCAAUGGACUUCAGUGGGAAAAUUCUCCUGGAAGAAAAGGGCAAAGUUUCUAUGGCUCCAGAUGGCAAUGGGGGUCUGUACCGAGCUUUGGGAGCUCAUCGUAUUAUAGAGGACAUGGAACAAAGAGGAAUUGGCAGCAUACAUGUUUACUGUGUUGACAACAUUUUGGUAAAAGUGGCUGACCCUCGGUUCAUUGGUUUUUGCAUACAGAAAGGAGCAGACUGUGGAGCAAAGGUUGUUGAAAAAACUAACCCGACAGAACCUGUUGGAGUGGUGUGCCAAGUAGAUGGUGUUUACAAAGUGGUGGAGUACAGCGAGAUUUCUCUGGCCACAGCCCAGAAAAGAUGUCCUGAUGGCCGGUUACUUUUUAAUGCUGGCAACAUUGCCAAUCACUAUUUCACAAUGGAGUUUCUGAAAGAUGUUGUCAAUGUUUACGAACCUCAGUUGCAACAUCACAUAGCCCAGAAGAAAGUCCCAUACAUAGAUGUGACCACUGGGAAAGCUCUGAAGCCUGACAAACCAAAUGGGAUUAAAAUGGAGAAAUUUGUAUUUGACAUCUUCCAGUUUGCUAAGAACUUUGUGGUUUAUGAAGUUCUGCGAGAAGAUGAAUUCUCCCCUUUGAAGAAUGCAGAUAGCCAAAAUGGCAAGGACAACCCCACCACUGCGAGACACUCCUUGAUGUCACUGCAUCACUGUUGGGUUCUCAAUGCUGGUGGUCACUUUGUGGAUGAGAAUGGAACACGCCGACCAGCUAUUCCUCGCUACACAAAUGGAAGGUCAGAUGUGAUCCAAGCUGAUGUCAAUCACAAUUUGAAGGAUGCAAAUGACUUGCCAAUUCAGUGUGAGAUUUCUCCUCUUGUCUCCUAUGGGGGUGAAGGACUGGUGGAGUUGGUCAAAGACAAAGAAUUCCACGCUCCUUUGAUUAUUGACCAAAGUGGGAUCCAUGAGCUGGUGAAGAAUGGUGUCUGAGGUGCCCAUGAGAGAUCAUCUUUCUAGUCUAGAAUCAUAUGAUCCUUUCUUGUCAGACUGAAUAUUUAGACAAAGGUUUCACUAUCUUCUUGAAGAAUUUUCACUCAAAUUGAGUUUCCUUAAAAAUCAGUAGUAGGCUACAAAUAAGAAGAAAUGCAACAUGACUUCAUCUUGGAAUCUUGGAGAUAACUAUUUAUAUAAUUUUUAAUAUUUUAAAUGGCUACUGGUUCAAAUUGCACAGCCUAUUUCUUCACAUGCUGCAGUGCUUGAAGAUAUCAGCAUUUUCUAUCAAAUCCUUUAUUAUACCUGCAAGUCGUCUUUAUGGUACGAAAGUUGAGACACUUAUAUGAAUUUUUACUUUUUUUUCAACAUUUUUAAGUUUGGUUUUUGCAUUUGGUGCCCAUACUUUAUGAAUAAUUAUAUCUUGCUGGGAUUGCACAAUUGAAAGACUAGAAAAGUAGUACAACUGAAUUAAAUUGUUUUUCCUAGCAUGAUGUUUCUUGAAACGUCUUUAACACUUGACUUAUUUUAUGUUAUGGCAGAGCCAGGACUUUGAGAUACUGAGAUGUUUUCAUGUAUUUCUGUGCAUAGUGCUCAUUGCAAUCAAUAAGGAUCUAUGGAAUGUGUCCUCCUCCCAGGACUCAUAUAUAGAACAGGGAUACAACAGAUUCUCUCAAACGUCCUGAAACUUUGUUUAAGGAAUCAUUGCACGAAAGCAACCAUUAUUUUUGAAGUUUCUUCCCAAAUUGGGUUAGAAUGCAAAGAUAUUGAGGGUGCAGACAUCCUAAUUUAUAUGCUGCCCCCUCCCUCCCAAAUUUACCUCUUUUUGGAAGUUUUCCUUUCUUCAGAUGUUUGUGAAUAUCAUUUUGGUAUUUUAGCCAAAGUACAGAAAGUUUGUCGGAUGUUAAUUUCCAGAGAUUGCUUCAAACAAAUAUAGAAAUACAGCAGGGUGACAGGGCUGGGAUUUGUGCAAAUUAAAAUGAUUCAGUUCUGUCCACUUCCAUUUUUUCACUUUGAUUCAGAGCUGUGUUUAAAAGAAAUUUAACUAUAAAGCUUUAAAAAUGAUGUGUCUCAACCCUGACAGAGUUUCUGAUCUUUUUUGAGCCUGUGUAAGGGGCAGGUGGGUUGGAUGGUUGAUUGGUUAGUUAAUUAGGUGUCAUUGAAUUGGGAACUAGAUGUGGUACGUCCAUCAACAGAUUGAUACAUUAUGUUACGUGAUAGUAGGCCUAAAAUGAACUUCCUUGGUUCUUCUACCAUUUUGCCUGCCACUAGUGAUAAAAUCUCAUGUACAAAAACUUUUUGCCUGACGGCAGAUAAAUUCACAUAGGCAGGUUCUGCAAACUUUUAUUAAUCAACAAUUCAGUUACAUGAAUAUUAAUCAACAACUCAGUUACACGAAUAUUGCUCAGCUAUAUCAUGUAGAAUGCUUUCAAUGAUAUGAUUAUGGAACUCAACUACAGGCAAAACAUUUUGAUGGGCAAAAAAUGAACAAGAGCCAUCUCAUCUUGUACACAGACAUGUAAUUAAAAUAUGAAAUUGCA